AUGGCUUCAGGCAUAAUUAUAGCAGGUGAUGUAGUUGCAAGUUUAACAACAAGUGCUGCUAUUGUUGGUCUUGGUCUUACAGCUGCAGAUAAAAUAGGUUCAGCUUAUGGUCGAAUAAGUGCAGUAGAACAAUCAAAUUAUUAUUAUCAUCAUCAUUAUCAACAAACUGGACAUCAUCGUCAUUAUUGUGUACCAGUUGGAUUUAAUCAUGAUGGACAUACUUAUGCUUAUCAUGGUUAA